AUCAGAGGAGGCCAGAAGGGCGCCCAGCAGGAAGCCACUGGUCUUUCUUAAAGCGACUGACCACACCUCCCCACGCCCCCAGGAACCAUGGAACCCUUCAGCUCAAAAAGCCUGGCACUGCAGGCCGAGAAGAAGCUCCUGAGCAAGAUGGCUGGGCGCUCCGUGGCUCAUCUCUUCAUCGAGGAGACCAGCAGCGAGGUCCUGGACGAACUCUACCGGGUGUCCAAAGAAUAUACGCGCAGCCGGCCCCAGGCCCAGCGCGUGAUCAAGGACCUGAUCAAGGUGGCCGUCAAGGUGGCCGUGCUGCACCGCAGUGGCUGCUUCGGCCCCGGGGAGCUGGCGCUGGCCACGCGCUUCCGCCACAAGCUGAAGCAGGGUGCCAUGACGGCGCUGAGCUUCGGGGAGGUGGACUUCACCUUCGAGGCCGCCGUGCUGGCCGGCCUGCUCGCCGAGUGCCGGGACCUGCUGCUGGAGCUGGUCAAGCAGCACCUCACGCCCAAGUCCCACGAGCGCAUCCGCAGAGUGUUCGACCACUACGCCGACCCGGGCCUGCUCACGGCCCUCUACGGGCCUGACUUCAGCGAGCACCGCAGCAAGAUCUGCGACGGGCUCAGGAAGCUGCUGGACGAAGGGAAGCUCUGAGGGCCCGCGGCGCGGCGCGCUGGACCUGGGCGGAAUGGCUGACUUGGAAAUUGACAGGUAAUGAACGGGCUACCUAACACCGCUUACCGUGCGCGCGCUGACGCUUGGGACUCGCCCCGGAGGGUUUUGACUGAGGCCAACAACCACUGCCACCCCCAAACUGCUGGUGGACAAGAGCCAUGCGGAGAGUGGGGCCCCUCUCCCAUCUGACCACAGCACAGGAAACAGAACUGACAGAAAAAGGUGAAGUGAAACUUGGAUCUCUCUCUCUCUCUCUCUCUCCCACGAGGACGGCCUGCCACAUGGAAGCCCUCUCUAAGAACCAAGGGAAGGAAACAAACAUUGCCCAUAUAUUCUCCUUGGGGGAAAAUGGCAAAAGCGAGGAAGAUGGCCCUUACACACAGCGUAGGUUUCCAGCUCUGGGCAAAGGCUGGACAGAUACCACAGGCAUGGUUUCGGAGCUCCAAGAAGACCGAGCUGGGGCAGGGAAGAGUUUUACAGGGGAAA